AUGACGUCCAAGAGGGACCUGUGCAUCGUUGGCGCCGUCUUCAUCACGGUCGUGCUUUUCCUGCAUAAUCCGUUCCUCGACCAGGUUCGGCAAAGGAGAGCCGCGGCUUCGACAAGCUUAAUGAGGAGCAUCCAAAACAGCACGCUUGGGUUUGAAAAGAUCUUUGUCGUCGGUCUACCGAGCCGGACGGACCGCCGAGAUGGCAUCCUCCUCCAGGCCGCGCUCAGCGAGAUGGAAAUCGACUUCAUCGACGGCGUCCAGGGCAACACCGUUUCCGACAAGGCGAUACCACAGACGAGCGAGCACGACCGUCUGAGCGACGGCGCCAUCGGCUGUUGGCGCGGACACAUGAACGCGCUCGAAGAAAUCGUCCGCCGGAACUUGUCCUCGGCUCUGAUCCUCGAGGACGACGCCGACUGGGACAUUCGAAUCCGUCAGCAGCUCCACGACUUCGCCCUCGCGACCCAGGCGCUCACCCAGCCCCUCCUCCAGGCGCCCUCGUCCUACGUCGACCCCUCGUACCGGACGCUGACCGGGGACUCCCCCGGCACCGUCCCGGACAUCUCCUUCAACCACCUGCCGGCCACCGUCGCGCCCGAGAUCUCGCCUUACGGCGACGAUUGGGACCUCCUCUGGAUCGGCCACUGCGGCAUGCACUUCCCCUUCGCAGACCCCGACAACGUCGUGCCCAAAGCCCGCGUCAUCCACGCCAACGACGUCACCGUCGCCCCGAAAAAGAACCUCUGGACGCUCAACAUCCCCUUCACCCUCAAGGAAAAGUACCCGGAGCACACCCGGGCCAUCCACCACGUCCAGGAAGGCGUCUGCACGCUCGGUUACGCCGUCAGCCAAAAGGGCGCGCGGCGGCUGUUGCAGGAGGUCGCUCUCAAGGACGUCAGCGACGCCAUCGACAUCCUGCUGAGGUUCUUCUGCGAGGGCAGCCAGGGCCGGAGGCCGCACAACUGCCUGACGACGCAGCCGGCCUUCUUCCACCACCACCGGCCGGCCGGCCCCAUGAGCUCGAUGAGCGAUAUCGGUAACCACGGGGAUGGUUUCAGGGAGACUAGUAUGACCGACAUGGUGAGAUGGAGCGUGCGGCUGAACGCCGAUGCGCUCUUAGAAGGGAGCUCAGAUUUUGUUGACCAAUACCCUGAUGACAGAUGA